UCGUACGAGAUAAAAAUGAUUAAGUAGAUUCUUUACCUAUAUAUUUGAAAAAUUCUGUUUAUAGUUUACAUUUUGUCGGUGGCAAACUAAAUGGCGAUCUCUGUACGUUAUAGUGUGUUAUUGGUUUGUUGUCUAACACCAGUCGUAUACUCGGCUGUUAUUCGCCAACUCACUGACGACUAUGAACCAGUUCCUACCGAUUGUCCUAAAACAGACGGCACAACGCCCACAUAUUUUCCCGCUGUAAAUUGCUCAAAGUUCUGGGAAUGUUCGAAUGGAGUGCCGUACCUGUUUGAGUGUCCGGCUAGCCUGAAUUUCGACGAAAUUUUACACGUGUGCGAUUCACCCAGUAAAGUAACAUGUACCGGGUACGGUUGGUCCACAACUACAGCGGCGUCCGAUGUAACUACUUCCACUAGUACACCUUCUACUACGACUAAGGCUCCAACAACUACAACUAGUACACCUUCAACUACUACUAAACCACCUACCACUACAACCAGUGCGCCUACAACUACUACUAGUACACCUUCAACUACAACUAGGCCGCCUACUACUACCAGCGCGCCUACAACUACUACUAGUACACCUUCAACUACUACUAAACCACCUACAACUACUACCAGUGCGCCUACAACUACUACUAGCACGACACCUUCAACUACAACUAGUGCCACCACAACUACUACUAAACCACCUACAACUACAACUAGCGCACCCACAACUACUACUAAACCACCUACAACUACAACUAGUGCCCCAACGACUACUACUAGGCCUCCUACUACCACCAGUGCGACUACAACUACUACUAGUACUCCUUCAACGACAACUAGACUACCUACAACUACAACUAGGCCACCACAGACCACAACUACCAAUGUACCAACACAUCCUGGUCCUGGACCAGAUCCCGACCCGACUCCAAAUCCUGGUCCUGAACCUGAACCAACUCAUAAUCCCGGUCCAGGGCCAGAACCCGAGCCAACGUUAGAUCCUGGUCCAGGUCCACAUCCCGAUCCAGAUCCAGAUCCACAUCCCGAUCCAGAGCCAGAUCCUAAUCCAGAGCCUAACCCAGAACCAGAUCCAAAUCCAGAGCCUAAUCCGGAGCCUAAUCCAGAACCAGAUCCAAAUCCAGAGCCUAAUCCGGAGCCUAAUCCGGAACCAGAUCCUAAUCCAGAGCCUAAUCCGGAGCCUAAUCCGGAGCCUAAUCCGGAACCAGAGCCUCAGCCGGGACCAGAGCCCAACAAUCAUCACGGUCAUCACGAUCACGGUGAUAACAACCACGAUAAUCACGAUGAUAAUCACGGUCAUAACAAUCAUAAUGACGAUGGCAACCAUCACCACCAUGAUAACAACAAUCAGGAUCAUAAUGGCAAUCAUGACAACCACGGUGAAAAUCAUAACGAUAAGCAUAACCACGGUCAUAACAAUGAUAAUCACAGUAGUAGCCAUAACCAUCAUAAUAACAACAAUCAAGAUCAUAAUGGUAAACAUAAAAACCACGGUGAACAUCAUAAUAACAACCAUAAUAACCAUGGACAUUCUGUUAUUCGCCAACUCACUGACGACUAUGAACCAGUUCCUACCGAUUGUCCUAAAACAGACGGCACAACGCCCACAUAUUUUCCCGCUGUAAAUUGCUCAAAGUUCUGGGAAUGUUCGAAUGGAGUGCCGUACCUGUUUGAGUGUCCGGCUAGCCUGAAUUUCGACGAAAUUUUACACGUGUGCGAUUCACCCAGUAAAGUAACAUGUACCGGGUACGGUUGGUCCACAACUACAGCGGCAUCCGAUGUAACUACUUCCACUAAUACACCUUCUACUACGACUAAGGCCCCUACAACUACAACUAGUACACCUUCAACUACUACUAAAUCACCUACCACUACAACCAGUGCGCCUACAACUACUACGAGUACACCUUCAACUACAACUAGGCCGCCUACUACUACCAGCGCGCCUACAACUACUACUAGUACACCUUCAACUACUACUAAACCACCUACAACUACUACCAGUGCGCCUACAACUACUACUGGCACGACACCUUCAACUACAACUAGUGCCACCACAACUACUACUAAACCACCUACAACUACAACUAGCGCACCCACAACUACUACUAAACCACCUACAACUACAACUAGUGCCCCAACGACUACUACUAGGCCUCCUACUACCACCAGUGCGACUACAACUACUACUAGUACUCCUUCAACGACAACUAGACUACCUACAACUACAACUAGGCCACCACAGACCACAACUACCAAUGUACCAACACAUCCUGGUCCUGGACCAGAUCCCGACCCGACUCCAAAUCCUGGUCCUGAACCUGAACCAACUCAUAAUCCCGGUCCAGGGCCAGAACCCGAGCCAACGUUAGAUCCUGGUCCAGGUCCACAUCCCGAUCCAGAGCCAGAUCCCAAUCCAGAGCCUAACCCAGAACCAGAUCCAAAUCCAGAGCCUAAUCCGGAGCCUAAUCCAGAACCAGAUCCAAAUCCAGAGCCUAAUCCGGAGCCUAAUCCGGAACCAGAUCCUAAUCCAGAGCCUAAUCCGGAACCAGAGCCUCAGCCGGGACCAGAGCCCAACAAUCAUCACGGUCAUCACGAUCACGGUGAUAACAACCACGAUGAUCACGAUGAUAAUCACGGUCAUAACAAUCAUAAUGACGAUGGCAACCAUCACCACCAUGAUAACAACAAUCAGGAUCAUAAUGGCAAUCAUGACAACCACGGUGAAGAUCAUAACGAUAAGCAUAACCACGGUCAUAACAAUGAUAAUCACGAUAGUAGCCAUAACCAUCAUAAUAACAACAAUCAAGAUCAUAAUGGUAAACAUAACAACCACGGUGAACAUCAUAAUGACAACCAUAAUAACCAUGGACAUUAAGUAUCAGAACUUUAAUCCUAUUACAGAGUGUAGUCAUUUAAACCAGGAACAUCUUAAAUUAAUUAAAUAUAUUUUCUUUUUA